AUGAUGCUGCGGCGCGCAGCACUAGGCGCGAGGGGCGCCGGCAGGUCUUAUGCCACCGUCGCCCAACAGUUUCCCCAGCCAGGCGAACGGCUUCAUGGCUUCACAAUGAAGCGCGUCAAGCACGUUCCCGAGCUGAAACUUACAGCCUUGGAGCUUCAACAUGACAAAACAGGCGCCGAACACUUGCACAUCGCUAGGGAUGAUGCCAAUAAUGUCUUCUCUAUUGGUUUCAAAACAAACCCCCCGGAUGAUACGGGUGUGCCUCAUAUCCUUGAGCACACUACUCUCUGUGGAAGUCAGAAAUAUCCCAUACGGGACCCAUUCUUCAAGAUGCUCCCCAGGACGUUGUCCAACUUCAUGAACGCCUUCACAGCAUCCGACCAUACAUUUUACCCCUUCGCAACCACCAAUGCUAAAGACUUCCAGAACCUCAUGUCCGUAUACAUGGACGCCACACUCAACCCAUUAUUGAAAAAAACCGACUUCUGGCAAGAGGGAUGGAGAGUCGGACCAGAAAACCCCGAGGCCCUGGCUGCUGCGGGCGCAGAAGCUACGCCGGAAGACAAACGCCUGGUUUUCAAGGGAGUCGUAUACAACGAGAUGAAGGGUCAAAUGUCGGAUGCUUCCUACCUUUUCUAUAUCCGUUUCCAGGACCACAUCUUCCCGGAUAUAAACAACUCGGGUGGUGACCCUCAAAAGAUCACAGACCUCACUUACGAGCAGCUCAAGCGUUUCCACGCGGACCAUUACCACCCAAGCAACGCCAAGCUCUUCACAUACGGUGACAUGCCGCUUGCCGAUCAUUUGCGGGAAAUCGAUGCCCAGCUCAGCGCCUUUGACAAACUCUCGUCAGUAGACGCAGGCACGGUCCAUCGCCCCAUCGAUCUGAGCAGCGGUCCAAGGGAUAUUACCAUGUCUGGGCCUACCGACCCCCUUGUCGACCCUAAAAGGCAGUAUAAGUCAUCUGUCUCCUGGGUAUUAGGUGACACGGGGGAUAUUGUAGAAUCAUUCUCCCUGUCCCUGAUUUCGGCUCUACUGAUGGACGGAUACGGCUCUCCUAUGUAUAAGGGUCUCAUUGAGUCCGGCCUCGGCAUCGCUUGGACUCCCAACUCUGGCUAUGACAAUUCGGCGAAAGACGGCAUAUUCUCGAUUGGGUUGACUGGUCUUCAGGAGCAGGAUGUACCCAAGGUCAAGACCGAGGUCCAAAGAAUACUCCGCGAGGCCCGUGAACAAGGCUUCAAGAGGUCCAAGAUUGAUGGCUACUUGCAUCAGAUUGAGCUGGGACUCAAGCACAAGACUGCCAACUUUGGAAUGUCUCUAUUGCAAAGGGUCAAGCCAAAGUGGUUCAACGGUGUCGAUGUGUUUGACACGCUUGCCUGGAAUGAAACCAUUGAUGCUUUCGAGAAAAAAAUGGCCGAUGGAGGUUAUCUGGAGGGAUUGAUGGACCGCUACCUCCUCAACGAUAACACUUUGACAUUCACCAUGACACCCUCUGCCGACUUUGGCGCAGAAUUGAGCAAGGAGGAAGAGGCCAGACUUGCGGCAAAAAUUGCUGAAGUCCGAGAAAGCUUGGGUGGCGAAGCAGAGGCACAAAAGGCACUCGAAGAACGGGAGCUUCAACUGCUCGCCGAACAGAGCAAGUCGACCUCUGAAGACCUUAGCUGUCUCCCAACCGUCCGCGUAUCUGACAUACCCAGACGGAAAGAGCCGGCAGUCGUCAGACACGACGAGAUUGACGGCUUCAAAACCAUGUGGCACGAGGCGCCAACUAAUGGCUUGACAUACUUCCGUUCCAUCAACACGUUCGAGAAUCUCCCACAAGAUUUGCGCGAGUUGAUUCCGUUGUUCACAGAUGCGAUAAAUCGUCUUGGAACCAAGGAUCUAACGAUGGAGGAGCUGGAGGAUCGUAUAAAACUACUCACUGGUGGCAACCUGUCAGUUGGUUACCACACUGCGUCGUCUCCAACCGAUUUUACGCAGGCCUCUGAAGGCCUCACAUUCAGCGGCAUGGUCUUGGACCGAAAUGUACAAGAAAUGUACGAGCUUCUGCGACUGCUGGUUCUGGAAACGAACUUUGACAGCCCAGACGCUGUCUCUCACAUCCGGCAAUUGUUAAAGGCCUCUAAUGAGGAAGCGAUAAACCAAAUCGCUGACUCGGGCCACUCGUACGCCCGAUCGGCUGCAGAAGCUGGUUUAAGCACCAAGAAUUAUUACAUCGAGCAAGUUGGCGGAUUGUCACAGAUCAAGCUUCUUACAUCUCUGGCUGGAAGACCAGAGUCAGAUCAGCUGGAAGACGUUAUUGGCAAACUGAAGACUAUUCAGCGUCUGGCAUUCAACGCCGACAGCAUGCGCACCUUCAUCACGUGUGGCAGCGAAAGUGUCCGACAUAACCAGACAGCGCUUUCCAAGUUCAUGGGGACUCUGCCCAGGAACAACAGCGUCAACGUGUCAUCCACUGGACAGACCGCCCAAAGCUUUCCAAGGGAUGUCAAGGCUUUCUACCCAUUGCCUUACCAGGUCUACUACGGUGCACUUGCUGUCCCCACGUCGUCGUACACCUCCAAAGACAGCGCGCCGCUGCUCAUCCUGUCGCAGAUGCUCACGCACAGACACCUGCACCACGAAAUUCGUGAGAAAGGCGGUGCCUAUGGUGGUGGUGCAUACGCACGCUCCCUGGAAGGCAUAUUCGGCUUCUAUUCAUACCGGGACCCGAACCCAGUAAACACCCUCAAGAUCAUGCGCAAUGCCGGGCGUUGGGCUGUUGACAAGCAGUGGACCGAUCGCGAUCUUGAGGAGGCCAAGAUAUCUGUUUUCAAGAGCGUUGACGCACCCAAGGACAUCAACGCGGAAGGCAUGGGCCAGUUCCUUUACGGCGUCACCGAAGAGAUGGCUCAUGAACGCCGGGCUCGUCUCCUUGACGUCACACGCGAACAAAUCCAAGAGGUGGCACAAAAGUAUGUCGUCGAAUCGCUUGACAAACAGGCCGAGAGGGUUGCCUUCCUCGGCCAGAAGGCGGAUUGGGUCGACGGCUCGUGGGCCACAAGAGAGAUGAACGUCGAUUAA